AUGGGGAUAGUCCACGUCAAUCUUAGCUGGACCGUGCUGCAGGGAAGAAUCGGACGCCCGGAGAACCCAUUCCGAGUGGCCCUGGAAUACAUCUCCAGUGGAAACCGAAGCUUGUCUGCCGUGGACUUCUUUGCCCUGAAGAACUGCAGUGAAGGAACUUCCCCGGGAUCCAAGAUGGCCUUGCAGAGUUCCUUCACCUGCUGGAAUGGGACAGUCCUCCAGCUCGGGCAGGCCUGUGACUUCCACCGGGACUGCGCCCAGGGAGAAGAUGAGGGCCAGCUGUGCAUGGCAACUUUCAAAAGCUACAGUCUUCAAGAGACAGAGCUAAGACUUGUGGUCCAGAAACAACACUCACAUCUGCUCCUUCAAGACUCACGUCAAGAGUCGAUUCUCUGGGAAGCCUUCUCUUAGCAUCCCCUACAAGUACAGCUGGUUCUUCCUCCUCGGGUCCCCUCCCCCAGCUCAGUGUCUCCAUCAUCCACCAGAACAUCCAUCCUUGUUAACAGCUUUUUUUGAGAUCGAGUUUAUAUACUAUACAAUUCAACCAUUUAAAGUGUACAAUUCAGUGUUUUUUAAUACAGUCACAGGGUUGUGCAACCAUCACCAUAGUCUAGUUUUAGAACAUUUUUAUCACUCUACGAAGAAACCCCUAGCAAGC